GAAAGGAGCAGCCAAACAUUAACUGCUGAACUGGGUGAAUUUUUUGAUGUUAUAAUGGCAACAUAUCAACUCUGGUCUCCAUGGUCCCCACUGGAUGAUAAUUUACAGUGGUUAAGGCAGGCAACUCCACAAAAGUUCUCCAAACACCCCUUUAGGGGAGAAUGGAGCUCUGUGUACACAGCAGAUGUGGAAAUGCAGGCCUGCUUCCAUGAGAUUCACAUCAAUCAAGACAAGGUAAUAAAGGCAGGACACAGCCCAAACUUUGCACGUCACGUAAUGCAUCCGAAAAACAUACAGAGCAAAAUUCUGAAGCCGCAGCCAGUGAGGCUAAUUGGCUUGGAUAUAGUGCUCGGGAGAAUGGUCACUAGUCAGCCUCCUAAGAGGACUGGCUCCUUCCGAGUGUCUGAAAAGUCAGCCUUCUCCAGGGUCAUCAUUCCGAAAAAUACGUGGCCAGAAGGGCUCAAAGAAGAACAAACAGAAAUAGCCAUCGAUAUAUGCAAGAAAUUACUGCGAUCUAUUCUGCUGCUUUAUGCCAUCUAUAAGAAAUGUUCUUUUGUCUUGCAGCACUCAAAAUAAAAUUCUCAAUAAUCCA